CCAUAAAAAUAAUAACAAUAAUAAUAAUAAUUUUGGAUUACUUUAUACUCCCAUUAAAAAAGAUUUAUCUUUUAAUUUUUUUUUUUUGGCUAAUAAUAAGAAACAAAAAAGAACUGAAAUGUCUACUCCCUGCUUGUACCGGAAUAGGACCCGUGAGGCCUGUCGCUGUUGGAUUACUGUAAGCUUGAAGUGUAUGCCAUUCAAACGCCUGGCAAAGCUCCGGCAUAUACCAUCACGGAUUAUAUACCAAUGUGGUCAAUUAUUGGCCCUAUUUAAUCAAUUAUUGAAGUAUAUUGUCUUAAGAGACGUUUUAUCAUUUAAGAGAUGAUAUGGUUUAGUUUGCAGAAGCUAGGGAUGAUUUUGCUAUGGAAUUUUUACCUUUAAGUGAAUUAAAAAGGUAAAUUGAAUAUGAAGCGUAAAAAAUUAGUCCAUUUUAUUACCUUACUGAAAUCUACAUGUUUGUGAGUGGUUACCUUAACUUCCUAGAUCCUAGUUCCCUACUCCUUAAUUUCGUUUCUCAUACAAUACAUCAUUAAUUCAUUAUGUUAUUGAUAAAUUUUAAUAAUGAAAAAUAAAAUAUUUAACUUAGU